AAAGUAGCUCUUAAAAGCCAGAUAUUCAAAGUAGCUAUCAAAAGCCAGGUAGUCAAUGUAGCUACAGGGGGCCAGAUAUUCAAAGUAGCUAUUAAAAGCCAGAUAUUCAAAGUAGUUAUCAAAAGCCAGGUAGUCAAUGUAGCUACAGGGGGCCAGAUAUUCAAAGUAGCUAUUAAAAGCCAGAUAUUCAAAGUAGCUAUCAAAAGCCAGGUAGUCAAUGUAGCUGUAGGGGGCCAGAUAUUCAAAGUAGCUAUCAAAAGCCAGAUAUUCAAAGGAGCUAUCAAAGGAGCUAUCAAAGGCCAGGUAGUCAAUGUAGCUAUAGGGGGCCAGGUAGUCAAUGUAGCUACAGGGGGCCAGAUAUUCAAAGUAGCUAUCAAAAGCCAGGUAGUCAAUGUAGCUACAGGGGGCCGAGUAGUCAAUGUAGCUACAGGGGGCCAGAUAUUUAAAGUAGCUAUCAAAAGCCAGGUAGUCAAUGUAGCUACAGGGGGCCAGGUAGUCAAAGUAGCUAUUAAAAGCCAGGUAGUCAAAGUAGAUAUCAAAAGCCAGGUAGUCAAUGUAGCUACAGGGGGCCAGAUAUUCAAAGUAGCUAUUAAAAGCCAGAUAUUCAAAGUAGUUAUCAAAAGCCAGGUAGUCAAUGUAGCUACAGGGGGCCAGAUAUUCAAAGUAGCUAUCAAAAGCCAAGUAGUCAUUGUAACUACAAGGGGCCAGAUAUUCAAAGUAGCUAUCAAAAGCCAGGUAGUCAAUGUAGCUACAGGGGGCCAGGUAGUCAAAGUAGCUAUUAAAAGCCAGGUAGUCAAAGUAGAUAUCAAAAGCCAGGUAGUCAAUGUAGCUACAGGGGGCCAGAUAUUCAAAGUA